AUGUUCUACAUGGACUUGUGCUUCAAACAUGUUGAGACCUGGCUAGGCAUUCAAAUGGCAAAACAAAAAGCUCCUCUCCGCUACCACCUUUUACAGAUCAAUAAUGUUGGUACUAGGAUUCAAUCACCAUUCUGUAUGUAUCCAUCACUGGAUGAAAACGUGCACAAUUUGGAGAAUUACGUGUACAAUGAGAUGAAAGAUGGCCAAGCAUUACUUUUUAAAAACACAAAUUGUGCACAACGAUUUUUAAGCACUGGCGACCAAGCCGCUAAAGGAAAUUAUGGGCUACUUGAUCAAAUACAAGCAUUGCGUUGGAUUAGUGAAAAUAUAGCUUUCUUCAGUGGCGAUCCAUUACGAAUAACCGUUUUUGGAUCAGGCGCUGGUGCCUCUUGCGUCAAUUUGUUGACUUUGUCCCAUUAUUCUGAAGGUAACCGUUGGAGCAAUUCAACCAAAGGACUAUUUCAGAGAGCGAUAGCACAAAGCGGCACUGCUUUGUCCAGCUGGGCAGUCAGCUAUCAGCCAGCAAAGUUCGCAAAACAGUUGGCCGCCAAAGUUGGCUGCAACAUGAUAGAUACCGUUGACUUGGUAGAAUGCUUACGAUCUAAACAGUACAAGGAACUUGUUGAACAAGACAUUCAGCCUGCGAGAUACCAUAUUGCCUUUGGACCAGUCAUAGAUGGCGAUGUUAUACCUGAUGAUCCCCAGAUUCUUAUGGAGCAGGGUGAAUUCCUUAACUAUGAUAUCAUGUUGGGAGUGAAUCAAGGUGAGGGAUAUAAAUUUGUGGAAAGCAUAGUGGACAAUGAGGACGGAGUGUCAGCUAAUGACUUUGACUUUGCUGUGUCUAAUUUUGUGGAUAACCUGUACGGCUAUCCUGAAGGCAAGGAUGUCCUAAGGGAGACCAUCAAAUUCAUGUACACAGAUUGGGCGGAUAGACAUAACCCAGAGACGCGGAGGAAAACCUUGUUGGCUUUGUUUACUGACCACCAGUGGGUAGCCCCGGCUGUAGCUACAGCUGACCUUCACUCAGGCUUUGGUUCUCCUACUUUCUUCUAUGCCUUUUAUCAUCACUGCCAGAGUGACAUGAUGCCAGCUUGGGCUGAUUCUUCUCAUGGAGAUGAAAUCCCGUACGUGUUUGGAGUUCCGAUGAUUGGUGCCACUGAACUGUUCCCUUGUAACUUCUCCAAAAAUGACGUCAUGCUAAGUGCAGUGGUAAUGACCUAUUGGACAAACUUUGCUAAAACAGGUGAUCCAAAUCAACCAGUUCCCCAGGAUACAAAGUUUAUCCAUACUAAACCGAACCGGUUUGAAGAGGUGGCCUGGUCAAGAUAUUCACAGAAAGAUCAGCUCUAUCUGCACAUUGGAUUGAAGCCACGUGUUAAGGAACACUACAGAGCUAACAAGGUGAACCUGUGGCUGGAGUUGGUUCCACACUUACACAGUCUAAAUGACAUUUCCCAGUACAGUUCGACGACAACUCGAGUCCCUUCGGAGAUCACACGCAGACCCUCAAAGACACUGUCUGUCACAACCAAACGUCCUGUGACGUCGGUCUUCCCCACUGUCAAUCAGGAAGAUCAGAAGCACUUAGCGGGUCCUUUCCUGGUGGAUCAGAGGGAUUACUCCACAGAGUUGAGCGUGACGAUUGCCGUUGGCGCCUCCUUGUUGUUUUUGAAUAUCCUCGCCUUUGCAGCAUUGUACUACAAGAAGGAUAAGAGGCGACACGAUGUUCACAGGAGAUGCAGUCCGCAACGCAACACCACAAAUGACCUGACUCACGCACAGGAGGAAGAGAUUAUGUCACUGCAGAUGAAGCACACCGAUCUUGAUCACGAAUGUGAUUCCAUCCACCCACAUGAGGUGGUUCUGCGGACAGUCUGUGCUCAAGAUUACACGUUAGCAAUGAGGCGAUCUCCGGAUGAUAUCCCUCUAAUGACUCCCAAUGCCAUCACCAUGAUCCCAAACACCAUACCGGGAAUGCAGCCUCUUCACACGUUCAACACGUUUACGGGAGGACAGAACAACACUCUGCCCCAUCCUCACCCCCACUCACAUUCGACGACCAGGGUAUAGCCAAACACGGCAUUGAGAAAGCAAAGAGUUCUGCUGCAGAAACAAAGUACGAGAUUACUAGUGAAGAUCAGAUUAAAAUUGGUGUCCAUGGUGCAUGACCAUUGCUAAAUAAUAAGAGAAAACAAUCUUUUGGGUAACCGGAUCCAAUACAACUGGGUAUUGUUGGGAGGCGAGGAAGUUUGGACCCCAUCUGAUCAUUUUUUUAAAUUGUCGUUGGUGAUAAUUUCACAAUUCUGUUGGGAAUGGAAAAAGCAUUUGAGUCUGAAGACAUUGAACUGUGAGUUCUGCUUCGGUGCCAAGAUACGAUUGACGCAAAGAAGAAGGAUUUAUAAGAGAAUACUUAAAAAUCUACAGAUAUGCACAAGGAGCAAAUUUGUAGUUUGACAUAAAUUCUGUUCGUUUUAUUUUUUGGAACAACGCCAUUGUACAAAUUUACAUAAAUGUACGUAAAGUACAUGCUAUUAAGGCCUGGGUGGAAUAUUCAUGCACAAGGAAAUAACUACUCUCUGCCAGUAAGACAGAGGUAUAAACCGAUUACUGCCAAUGAACAGCUUUGUUGCAAAAGUCCUGUCAAUACAAUUUUGACGAUCGAGGGAACAGGACAUUUUUAGCACGAUACGCAUGAUUAUUUAUCUGCUUGGUGACUGUGCUGCUCAGUAAGCUGUGAUAAAAACAUACUUUGCAUCCCCAUUCGAGUUCUUAUUGAGAAGAUGCUUCCUUCAUUGAUUGUCACAAACUGAGAGGAAGAGUUUGGUGGGACUCCCAACACAAUAAGUUCAUAGUAGUUUCAAUGAAAAAAGAUCAGACAAAGUAGUUUUGUAUAAAUAUGUGCUAGAAUAAUUGUUGAAGUGAACACUCACGGUCAUAAAUCCCACAAAAGGGACUUUUCAGUGUUGUAAUUUUCUUCAUUGUAUUCCUUCCCUUUUCUAACAUUAUUUGGUGCCAAUUUUAUUACACAGACCAUGCAGUAAAGGGAGGUCCUGUUUACUGUAAUUUAUCUAUAGGUCUACAUGAAGUGGUUAAUCGGAGUACAUUUGCCUAUAUGUUUGUGCAAAGGCUGAAGAUGGAAGUAACCCAGUGCCAAAACAGGUGAACCUCCCAAUAUAUGCCUAAUUAGAAUCGAUUUUAUUAGUGGACAAUAUGUGAUAGAAUAUUGCCAAGAUGUGGUGGGAAGGGUAACACCCUUUUGUAAACAGUCCAGUCCAGAGCUACAAAGAUGUGGUCUGCCACGAUGCACAUCGAAUGCAACACAUGGCAAAAUGCCCAUCUUAUUGUAAACGUUAACCAUUUUCAUUUCUAACAGUCCUGCGAGUUCGAAAGUUUAUAACUUGCUCAAGUUAAUGUUACCGGUGUAGCAUUGACUGGAUGUAAUGGCACUGUCACCUGCUAAGAGUAGAAAGAAAAUAUUAAUAUUGCCAGAAUGACUUUUGCCAAAUUAUUUUUUAUUUUCUAGGAUAUGAAUGGCUUGCAGCAUUCCCUUGAUUUAUUGUGCAUGCCUAAAAAGCAGUUUUUAUUUAUCUAAAAGCAUGUUGCAGUGAAAUUCAUCUUUUGCCCCCCUUUUUUUCCAAAUAUUAAUUACUGCCUUUGUCUUGCAAUAAAUUAAAAUACCUCAUCUAACCAUCUGCCACACGAUUUCACGCCAUAAUGUAAACCAACUCUAAGGUUGUUCACAACAAUUCACUUUCACCUAGAAAAAAAUCGAAAUAAAGAACUUAGUGUUAAGUGCAUAUUUGCUAUUCAUUUGAAGCGCCUUCUACAUAAGUAUAACAACCGAUUUGGAUUUUUUUUUCCUGAAAUUUGUGACAAAAAAAAAUCCCAAUUAAAAAGUGGAAACUACAAGUGUGGAAGAAACUGCUUUGAGCAGUGAAAGCUGGACAGUUGUGAGUAGGGUUUGUAACCAGAGGGGAUGAUGCUUGGCAAUUGCUUUUUUUUUAGUACCAACAAGCAAAGAACAAAGUUUUACAUUGUGUGGUUUCUUGACAGUAACAAAGCUAAGUGAGAAUUUCUUGAUUACAUCUUUCAUUUACUAGGUCGAGAUUUGAUAAGGUUAUUGUUUGUCUCUUUUGGAAAAAAAACAGCAAGGUAACCUCAAGCAUUUUUCUGCAUAAGGCUUAAUAUUCACAAUAACACCCAACGGUGAUCUGAAUCCAUUGGAAAUAGCAAGCAGAAAUCAGUAUCUUCUGUAACAUUGUUCAGUGAUAUAUAAAAGAUUACAGUGUAUUUUCUGUGCAUUGGUUACCUUGGCAUACCAUUUCAGAUGUAUUGUAAUUAGUAACCCAUUAUUUUUGCUGCUGUAAUCUUAUGGCUUUAACUGUGUUACACUUCAAGAGAGAGAAAGAAUCAAGUGCAUAAAAAAAAACCUACCGUACUUGAUAACCGAUAACAUUAAAGCUGCAAUCCAUCCGUAGCAGAUGUUUUACUUACAAAGGGUUUCGCUUGUUCCAAACGUCGUUGAGAAGGUGCAGAAUUGUGCGGGAGAUCAAAGUAUUUUUGUAAAUAAGAGGAAAAGCAAGCACUUUGAUCUGACAGCUAAUAGUGAUGUUAUCCCAUAUGCAACACAUAAGAAGGUUUAAGGAAACCCAUCAGUUGAGGAACGUGCUCUACGGCACCUGUUAAAACUCCCUUUAGACUUCAUACAGUCCAUGAUGAUGAUGGAGUCGUUCAGGGGUAUGUUUGGAGCCUGAAUGAAUACGGACAGCACUUACUUUUUUUUUGUGAAACGUUUUUCCUGCAAUAUUCUGAUUUCAUCGCGUAUGUUGAUUUGGAAAAAUGUUAUUUUUUGGUUCACAUUAAAAUGACAAGCCUAGCCUCAAGCUCGCCACUCUGAUUUAUUGUGCCAUAUUGCAGCUUUAAUGGUUUAGAGGAGACCGUCGUUAAGGUUUGCGGUGUGAGUCUCACUGUUUAAUACAGUAAAUGUGACAUGAAGAGAGAAAAACAGAGGAAUAUAAGGAAGCUUUCGAAAGUGCCCGGACACUUAUUUGUUGCUUGUAAAUUGUUUUAUCUGUUGUGCUGCUUGUUUUGAGGUCAGUUGCCUUUUUUAAAAAAAUUUCCAGUGAUAAGUUGUAUUAGAAUAUUGCUUCUUACUGUAAAGCGGCGUUAGAUAAUUUGACUCAACUUCACGUGGAUCGUGUUCCAGAAACAUUUGAUUAUUAAAGUACACGAAAAAUCAUUUGUUAAAGGUUCUUUUCACAGCCAGAGUUCACAGUAAUAUUUUGCCUAGUUCUGUACUUGUGUGUAAAAAAAAAUAUUUUUUUUUUGGGUCAACAAAUACGAUGUUUUUUUUAUUAUUUUAAUUUUUUUUGCCGGUUGGAAUUCCUUCGAACAUCUUCCUGCCAUUUAGAGCAAGCGAGCAGAUAUAGGAACCGUUUCAUUUUAUUUGUAAAGGUUUGAGAGCCUCAAAGUGACUAUACAGUUUGUGUUUGGACGUCCAUUGUCUUUCAAGAAAUUUUUAAUAUCAUUAAUAAAUAUUAUCAU